GAGGCGGGAGUAAAGAGGCGACGAGGAAAAGAAAACAUAAUGUUGCUCGUGCGCUCGGGCUUGCGCGUGCACCUGAGUGUGUGAGGUAAACGAGUGGCUAAAGCUUAAAGCUAGUUUUACUGAACUUUUCGAACGUUUUUAUUUCUAUAUAAGUGAUUAAAGAUGGACGCGCUGGACAUGGUGCUGGACGAGGUGGCGUUAGAAGGUCUGGACGGUAUAACUCUGAGCUCUCUGUGGGUCCGGCUGGAGAGCCGGCAGCCUGCCUUCCCCCUGACCUUAGACCCCAUGACCCGGGAGUAUGUGUGGAGAUUUCUGGUGUCCAGUCAAGAUGAAGUGUCCUUCUACCUCCUGCCGCAGGACAGACCCCCGAUCACCUUAUACGACCGGUUUCUGGAGAUUGACCCGGACACGGGGAUCCAGGAGCUGAGGGGUGUGCCCCGGCAGAACGAGGACGUUUACCCCGCCAGUGUGGUGCUGGAUGACCCCAGGGGCAACCAGGGCUCAUGUCUCUAUUACAGAGAGAGGAAGGACAUGAACAGCCUCAUCAGGACAGAGACACACACACCCCGACUCACACUGCAGGAGGCACACACACAGUGGGGGGAGAAGCUGGUGGUUGUGGCGAGUCAGCAGGUGAGAUGCCGGGCUCUGAUUGGCUGUGAGGGAAAUCCGGAGCUGAAGCUGAGUGACCUGUCCUACUGUAUUUUAGAGAGACUUGGACGAGCUCGCUGGCAGGGAGAGCUUCAAAGAGACUUACAGACCAUAGCAUGCAGGCUGGACUCGGGGAAGAUCCAUUACCUGCGUAAGUCUCUGGAUAAGAACGGUCUGAUCACCAUGCAGUCACACGUCGUCCGUCUGCCCUCAGGAGCACAAAAACACUCCAUCCUGCUGCUGCUCAAGCGCUUCCACGUGGACAGGAGGAGUAAAUACGACAUCCUGAUGGAGUCCACAUCCAACAUCCUGUCCGAGCUCCCCAACAACACAGGGAUCAUGAUCAAACUCAGGGACCAGCUGCACAUCUGUGAGCGGACGUUUAAGAAGAUGUAUCAGUACAUGCAGGCUGCUAAGAUGGUCAGUGUGGUAUCAAUUCCUCUACAGGAUUUACACCCAGAUGCUGGACCCUGCAAGACCAAGAGAGGUACAGAUAUCCGUGUCCGAUGUCUGAAGCUUUUGAAGCCAUACAGGAAAAGCCCGAUAGAUGAAGAUGAAGAUGAUGAUGAGAAUAACGAUGAUGAUGGGGACGUCCCUGUGAAGAGGAAUGUUCAGGCCCAGGCUCGGGAUAUAGAGCGAGAUCUACUGGCUCAGGCAUAUGAGAUUGUGGUCACUACAGGACCUAAAGGUAUUUCCAAGACCCUGUUAAGGGGACAGCUGAACAUCGGCAAACUGGAGAGCCGCAUGAUCUGUAGAGUUCUGGAGAGGAACCAAAUGAUUAAGGGUUUCAUGGAGGACGAGGGAAGACAGCGUACCACAAAGUACAUCAGUAAACUGUUUGUAGAGAAAAGCAAACUCAAUCUGGACUUCACUAAAGAGAAGGAACGCAGUGAGAAACUUCGAGCACCACAGCAGGACACACCCACUCCCGACCGAGGGGAUACGCCCACUCCCGACCCAGAGGACAUGCCCUCUCCUGGAUUGAAUACUGUAACAGACCCCCAGGAAGACGAAGAUGUUCCUGCCAAAAGGGAAAGGUCAAAGGGCAAAGCUGGCAGGAAGUCCAAAUCAGUGCCUAAAAAACAAAGGAAGGAAGUUACUGACCGACCGUUCAGACAUUCCACACCCAUGAGGAAGAAGCAGGCCGCUCAGUCCACAGUGAAAGAGGAGUCUGUCCCUGGGGCGGAGCUAAGUGAGGUGGAGGAGAAAGAUGAUUCGCUGGUGAACCAGGACACUAGAGUAGACCACACCCCCAGCAUCAUCACUGAUCAGUCCCAACAGGCAGAGGAGAGUACGAUGGUGUUUGAGGAGUUCGGAUCGAAGCCAGAGCCGAAUCCAUCAAAGAAAAGAAAACUGGCUUCAAAUCAGACGUAUCGUCUGCUCAGGCGAAAGAACAUCAUUAUAGAAGCUGUACGCAACAUGAAGGUCAUCGAGGGGCUUUACACGCUGCAGAAGAAGCUGACGGAUGUGGAGAAGCAGGAGGGUGUGAACACUAAAGUGUGUAAGAAGAGCAUCCUCAGGCUGACCCGUGGGCUCUCUCGAGAUGGAUUCCUCAAAAUGUACAGAACUACUGUGAUACAGGAUGGAGUUAGCAAGAAGGUGGAGUUUGUUGUUCAUCCGUCGGUCACUCCAGAUGAUCCGUUGGUGAGGAGUGCUAUAGAGCAGGUCCGCUUCAAGAUUUCCAGUUCCUACACUGUGCACCGGUUGAGAAGUGAGGAGGAGAGGGCAAAGGCUCUUUCUCAGGAAGGGAACAAAGCGAAGGCUGAUGGUGUAAAUUUUCAGGGAAAGACAGAAGAGAAAAUGGGAGUGAAGCAGAUGAAGGACUUUAAACCAAGCAUAGUCCCAGGACUGAGUCGCUCGUUAGGUUACCAGCCCAAGAUGCCACGUUUUCGUGUUGUCCAUACGUUCCUGUGGUAUCUGAUCUAUGGUCACCCUCUAAACAAAUCCCGCCCAACUGACCCCAAUGCCCCAACUGUGACCACUAAAUCCGAGGUCACUCCAGAUUUGCAGGACACCCCUCAGUCCCCCCACACUGAGGUGGAGCAGGAGAGUGCUGACCAAGCAGCACCUGGACACCAGCAGUUCACAGUGUAUUUUAAUGACCUGAGCUGGAAGCGGUUUGUUCCUCCGUUGCCGGUACACAGAGAGUUUGGGUGUGGUUGGGCAUUAAUCAGCGAUGCACUCAUCUCUCUUCCUCUCAGUGUGUAUGUGCAGAUCAUCCAGAUCAACUUCAAGGUGGAUGGUUUAGAGGAGUAUCUGAGUGACCCAGUGAAGCAGCAUUACCUCAUCAGGUUUCUCCCAUCGAGCAUCAAAACAAGGCUACUGCACCGACGGAAGUACUUCUUCAGUUUCUAUGAGAGCUUACAGAGGUUGUGCUACAUUGGUCUUCUACAGUUCGGGCCUACUGAGAAGUUCAUGGACAAGGAUCAGGGCUUUUUUUACCUGAAGAAACACGCCACCAUUGUGGACACAACAGUGUGUGAGCCUCACUAUAACCGAGCUAUCGAGACUCGGCCGUUUGAGAGACGACGCUACACCUUUCACACGCAGCAGGAUGUUGAGAACUACUGGUUCGACCUGCUGUGUGUGUGUCUCAACACUCCGCUAGGUGUGAUUCGUCCUCGUAAUCGUCACGGCGACAGCGAUGCUGAGAGAGAGGAGGCGGAGCAUGACUCCGCUCCAGGAAGAAUUACUUACGAGAGUCUGCAGUAUACACUGAAAGGGAGCUGUGAGGUCAUUGAUGACGGCGUAACCCCAGGCGACGGGCAGGGAGCGGGAGGACUGGACUCCUCCUUCUACAGCCAUCUGAAACGUAACUGGCUCUGGACCACUCACCUGCUCCACAAACCCAGGAAGCCUGAAGACAGUCACACUGUGCGUCUGAGGAACGUGCUGUCCAAACACCCCUUCCCCAAAUCUGUGUGUGCAGUGUUCAGGGACGGUGGUUCUCUAGCUCCUCCCACUGUUGUGGAGGAGGAGGUGCAGGUGGGAGUGGAGCCGAGCUGGAGGAAGCAGCAGGUGCGUGGAGGAAGGAGACAGAAACGGAGGAGGCAGAAAAAGGAAGUCAUCAAGCCUGCUAAAAAGAAGAGGAAGUUGAAAAACAAGAGCUUGUGUCAUGAUGAGACGGAUCGUAAAGCUCUGAUGAGGAUGACGAGACAGAGGGUGAUGUGGACGCACCUCGAGGACAGCAUCCUGAUGUUAUGUCGAGUGGCCAGUCAUUUCCUCAACCGGAAGAUUAAGAAGCCGUUUGUGGGCUGGAACGUGGUGCGCGAUAUCCUGCACAGAGACCUGGAGCUGUCUCAGGAUAAGACGUCUCUGGCGGUCGGCCGACGUUCACGCUACAUCAUGAAGAACCCACAGACCCACCUGAACUACAGGAUCUGCCUGGCUGAAGUCUAUCAGGAUAAAGCUUUGGUUGAUAAGUUCAUGAACAGAACCAACAACUACACAGAAUCAUUGGUGUGUGCUGAGGAGUUUAAUGAGUUUGUGAGCGCACUCAGGACAAAGUUUAGCUCCAGCUGUGGUUCUAGUGAGGUUCUCCUUCCAGACACCAAAGAGGAACUUUUCAAUAAGUUUAAAGUUUACACCAUUGGGGAAGAAGCUUCACAGACCAAGGAUUUACUGAACAGUGUGGAGGAUAUUCACGCUCUGGUGCUGAAUAACCUGAUCCAGAGUACACUCGUCCUCUCCAACACACAGGUGAAGACCUGCCGGGCAUUUCAGUCGUUCUCCCUCUACAGCAGAUAUAACCCGGAGGUUCUACAGCAGGUUUUCCUCAGCUGUAAGAAGCGAGGUCUGUUGAACCGUCGCCGUGCCAACAAGGUCCUGGGCCCCAAGAAGAACCGAGGUGUCCCCUGCCUGCCCAUGUCCUAUCAGCUGUCUCAGCAUUACUACAGGUAUUUCUCCUGGCGUUUCCCAGGUACUCUGUAUAAUGAUGUCCAUGAUCUUCUGGAGACUCUGGAUCAGAAAGGACGAGUGGACCGACCCAACACUUUCUCCUUCCAGAGAGAGAAAGCGAAGGAUGAGGGAGAGCAGGAGAGUGGAGGAGGAGGAGGAGGUAAAGUGGAGGAUGAAAACGAGUGUCUUGGCCCUGCCAGUGAUGUGGAGGACAUGCUGUUGUUCUCCAUGGACUCUGCAGGAGGAGCGACAGCGUGCUGCCUCACAUUACUGACCCUGGGCCUGGUCAGUGUGGAUGUCUCAAUACCACAGCAGAUAGUCGUGGUGGACAGCACACUGGUGGACAACGAGGUAGUCAAGAGUAUAACUAAAGAGCUGUAUGAGGAAGAGGAUGAGGAAGGUGGAGCUCGGUUCGAGGUGAAGGCUCACCAGGCGUCUCACACUAACUACCU